CUAGGCUGGUGGCCUCCCACACUUUGCGGCCGCUCUGCCGCCGCAUGUUGGCAGGCCUGCGUCCGGCUCUUCAGAGUACACCGCUACCGUGCACAAAAGAAGAGCUGGCGACACGAGCGCGGUAAAAAAGUACUGCAGCUGUCUUACAGCCGCUAGUAGUCGCCUGCCCACGUGAGGUGCAUUAUAUAAUAUAAUGCAAUUACAUCUUGGUGAUUCACGAGCGCUCAGGUUGCCUGCAUAGCAAAGAAACAUGGCGGCGAUCUCGGCGGCCGAGCUGGACGCGACCUGGCGCCAGCUGGAGCGCGUGCCGCGGCCGGACCUCGCGCGCGCGCUGGCCCGCGCCCAGGAGCUCGGCGCGGCGGCGUUCAAGCGGAAGGACUACCAGGGCGCCUACGACCACUACAACCAGGCCGUGACGGGCCUCGAGUACCUCGCGCGGACGGGCGCCGACGCGACGGAGCGCGACGCCGUCCGCGCGCUCGCGAACCGCUCGGCGUGCAAGCUCGGGCGCGGCGACGCGGCCGGCGCGGCGCGGGACGCGGCGGAGUGCGCGCGCCGCGAGCCGGCGUGGCCCAAGGCCUGGUACCGGCUGGGGCGGGCCCUCUUCGCGCAGGACAAGUUCGGCGACGCGUCCCAGGCGUUCGACGAGGGCGCGCGGCUGGAGCCGGACAACGCGGAGUUCGGGCGCUGGCGCGAGCGCUGCCGCGCGCGGGAUGAGGCGGCGGCCGCCGAGCGGCGCCGCGCGCGGCGCCACGAGACGGACUACUCGCGCUUCGACUUCGUCAACGACGGCGACGGCGACGGCGGCGGCGGCGGCCGGCGCGGCCCGGCGCGGUCCGGCGCGCCCGUCGUCGAGACUGUCGAGGAGAUGCACGACCUCAUGCAGCGGAAGCAGCAGGCCCAGAUCGACCAGCAGGCGCCGGCGGACAUCUACUACGUCCAGACCAUGCUCCGCCUGCCGCAGGCGACGCGUCCCGCGGAGCUCGAGGGCCAGACCGCCCUCGCGGCCGUCGUCGCCUACCUCGAGCGCGCGUCGGCCCUCGCGGCGCCGCGCCGGCCCGCGCGGAACCCACGAACCCCAAUGAGAGAAUGGUCGCGCCGACGCGGCGGCCGCCCGCGCAGGUUCCGGCGCGCGGGCGCCGCGGCGCGGCGCGCGGCGGAGGCGUGGGGCGGCGCGAUCGAGCGCGUCCGGCGCCGGCUGGGCGAGGCGGACCUCGGCGACGCGGCCUGGCUCCACGUCGGCGCCGGCUGCGGGCGGUCGCUCGCGCGCUGCGCGCGGGCGGCGGCGGGCCCCGUGCGCGCGCUCGCGGUCGGGCCGGCCGCCGGCGCGCGGGACGUGCUCGCGGCCAACGGCCUGGCGGACGCCGUGGAGUGGGUGGAGGCGCCGGUCGAGGAGGUCUUCGACGCGGCGCCGCCGGCCGUCGUCGUCGUCGUGGACCCGGACCUCUUCGACGGGGGCCUCCUCGGCCGGCGGGCGCUCCCCUACGUGCGCCACGCGCGGCGCCACCUCGCCGUCCCCGAGUGCGUCGUCGUGCCCGCGCGCGCGCGCGUCUUCUGCGCGCCGCUCGCGGCGCGGUUGCCGGCGUCGCACGGCGUGCCCCUCGCGGCGCUGGACCGGUACCGGUGGGGCCCGGGGUCCGAGGAGCUGGACCUGGACGGCUCGAUGCAGGCGCGGGCGGGCGCGUACCGGCUCCUGGCGCCGCCGGUGCCCUGCGCCGAGCUCGACUUCUGCGCCGCGGACGUCGAGGCGGCGCUCGCGGCGCGCGAGGCGCGCCUGGCGUUCGAGGCCGGCGAGGACGGCGUCCUGAACGGCGUCGCGUUCUGGUUCGAACUGGACUUGGUGGACGAGCUCCGCUUCGGGACGGCGCCGGGCGGCGGGCGGCGGCAGCGCGUCCAGUGGGUCGACCCCGUGCGCGUCGCGAAGGGCGCCCCGAUCCGCGUGGCGGCGCGCGUGACGGAGACGCGGGUCGCCUUCGAGGUCACGGCCCCCCAGCGCGUCGCGCCGGUCGUGCACCGGCACUGCCUCGGGCGGUGGCACCUCGACAUGGUGGCGGACGCGCGGCGGAACGCGGCGUUCCGCGCCGGGAUCCGGGCGGCCGUCGCGUCGGUCCUCGAGGGCAAGCGCACGGGGCCGCAGCGGCCCGGCGCCGCCGCGGGCUGCGCCGUCCUGGACUUCGGCACGGGCAGCGGGCUCCUCGCGCUGUACGCCUGCGAGGCGGGCGCGACCGCCGUCGUCGGCGUGGACACGUCGGCGCACGUCCUCGCGUGCGCGCGGGAGAUCGCGCGCGCGACGCCGCACGCCGCCGCGGUGCGGUUCGUGCACAAGGACUGCCGCCGCCUCGAGGCGGGCCGCGACUUCGGGGACCGGGCCGACGUGCUCGUGAUGGAGCUGUUCGACUACGGGCUGCUGGGCGAGGGGUGCCUCCACUUCGCGCGCCACGCGUGGGCGCACUGCCUCCGCGCGGACGCGAGGAUGGUGCCGCGCGGCGCGGCGCUCCGGGCGGUGCUCGUCGAGCUCGGCGAGGCGGAGACGGGCGACGGCCUCGACGUGCGCUGCCUCGGGACCCGGCGCUUCCAGCCGGACUACUACGGCCUCCGGCUGGAGGAGGAGGCGCACCGGCGGCUGUCGGCGCCGUUCGACGUCUUCGACUUCGACUUCUCGCGGGCGAGCGCGCUCGCCGACGGGUACCUCGAGGGCGCCUGGCGCGGGGACGUCGAGGUCACGGCGACGGGCCGGCUGAACGCCGUGGUCUUCUGGCACGUCCUGGACCUCGGCGACGGCGCCGACCUCGCGACGGGCCCCGACGACGCGGAGACGUGCUGGCUCCAGGCCUGCCAGCCGCUCGAGGAGGUUUCCGUCGAGCAAGGGACGCGCCUGGCCCUGCAGGCGACGCACCAGGGCUCGCGGUGCACGUUCUCGGUCGACCGCGCUCCUGCCGGCGACGCACCAGAAUUUUACGACCACAACGACCUCGCGCUCCACAACGAGCUCGCGGCGCAGUCGGCGCAGCUCGAGAAGACCGUCGUCUUCUCGAGCGAGGCGCGCCAGGAGGCCGCCGACGCCGCGCUCGGCGUCGCGGUCGACCCCGCGCGCCUCGGCCGCGGCGGGCGCUACGUGGACCCGGACGUGGCCCAGCAGUUCGCCUGGACGUUCUUCCAGGGGUGAGGCGGUUCCUCACCAUCCUCCUUGCGGCUGUGUGCAGAUUAUGUAACCG